AUGCAAGAGCAGUCGCAACUGCGGCAACCCAGCAACGCUUCCAUUCUCCGACAUGGCGGCAGCCUCUCCGCUGCCACAAAGACCCCAGUUCGAGUCGCACCGCAACGCUACAAAGCCCUCCUCCGCCCCACUGCCCCACCCACCCAGCCAACCAGCCCACUCCCAUUUCGAGCUGUGUGUGUGACACGCAAAUCGACAGACUUGUUCUGUCCUUCGCAAUUGUCGGCCAAAGCUGGUCUCCGGACUAAUUGCCCUGACUCCGAACUGGGAUCGGACUGGUACAAGCACUCGAGCCGACAUGUGACACUUGUUGCCUCUUUCCGCCUGCUCUCUCGCCGCUCCCCCCCCAACCUUGUCGCUUUGGUCUCGUGUCGUCGGGGUGCCUGCAUCGUCCACGCGCCCUCUUCUCUCAACGACACCUACAACGGUUGUCUUUACUGCCACCUACCACCUACCACCUACCACCUGCCACCCCCUCCUCCACUAGCCUCCUUUUUAUGUUCUCUUGUUCACCCACAUGCCCCCCCGCCCCUUCCACCCGCUUCCCUUCACCUCCACAUCGCACCUCGGAUCGGGCUCCGACCACCGCCGGAGUGUCGACUCGGCUGUACCUGCGAGGCCAGUGUGCCACAUGUCGGCCUCGAGCAGGCAGCUUUACGACCCGUUCUAGCUCCGACCGGCCGAGGCCGACGCGAAAGGAAGAAGUCACUUCUCGACAGCACCGUCGUCCGUCGCGAGGCUGCCUUGAGGAAAGUGAAGCUGGAGCUAGACAGCACCGCGGGUGCUAGCGACCGAAACAUAAGACCUCGGCGGAAGGGGGAGGGGGUGGGUGGGUGGAAAAAAGGUGUCGGCCAUCACGGCUCUUCAUGCUUCAGUGGUCGAUCCGUUCGCGUGGCUAACGGAAGCAACUUUGUCGUGCAGAUUUGGCCGACGGAAGGUGAACCAGGUCCCGUCGGAAGGGGUCAAUCCGAAUUGGGCAUAAAAACAGUAGCUUCUUUUUGA